CAAGAUUCUCAAGUGAAGACGUAAUUUCCGCUUCCGCUUUGUCCUUUUCUACUCUGUUGGGCCGCCGUGCGGUGAACCAAGGAAGGCGUCAAGAUGCAGAUCUUUGUGAAAACCCUUACUGGGAAAACCAUCACCCUUGAGGUUGAGCCCAGUGACACUAUCGAAAAUGUCAAGGCUAAAAUUCAGGAUAAGGAAGGCAUUCCCCCUGAUCAGCAGCGUCUAAUUUUCGCUGGAAAACAGCUAGAGGAUGGGCGUACUCUGUCUGACUACAACAUUCAGAAAGAGUCAACCUUGCAUUUGGUUUUGCGUCUGCGUGGUGGCAUUAUUGAGCCUUCCCUUCGUCAGCUUGCCCAGAAAUACAACUGUGACAAGAUGAUCUGCCGCAAAUGCUAUGCCCGUCUUCACCCUCGUGCUGUAAACUGCCGCAAGAAGAAGUGUGGACACACAAACAACCUGCGUCCCAAGAAGAAGGUCAAAUAAACGUUGCCGCCUCUUGCUUGUUUUUUUGACUCCUGUUGGACAAUAAAAAAUGCCAAAAAACUUUCUCGCUUCCAAUUAUCUCUAUAAUUUUCUUAAUGUGAACACAAUGUUCUCAAUACAACAUGCAAUAAAAUAGAGGUAUAAUUAUAA